CAAUUUUUUUUCUUUCAUAUUUCUCUUCCAAAUUUUUUAAGCAAAUAAUAACUAAAAUUAUUUCAUAAGAAAUUAAAAUAAUAUCUGUUUUGAAUGUAUUGUAAUUUUAUUGUUUGCUUCAAACUCUCCGAACUGUUAGUUUCAAUUAGACUGCGUUACAAACUUCCGGUGCAAUGUUAUGCUUUAGCAGACGAUACAGAAUGUAAAUACUAAAAAGUUAUAGAAGUGCGGUUUUCAUUUUGGAAAAAGAAAAUGUAUAUAAUUUUUUUACUGCUUUGGUAACGUCAAUGUAAAGAAAGAAUGAACGUAUUAGAUAAUUCUGAUGAUGGAAAUGCUCCUUUGGAGACUUUCUCCGAAAUGUGGUAUAGAAUAUUUAUGUGGGCAUUAUUUUCAUCACUUUUUGUUCACAUCAUUGCUGCAUCAAUAGCUGUUGGAAUGCUUUGGAAACAUAAAUUUGGUUGUUAUACUGCUGCUGUUAUAUUGAUAUUUGGCAUUCUGGCGCCCAUAACAGGUGGAGUUAUCACAAGUGCUGCAAUUGCUGGUGUUUAUAGUGCAUCAAGAUUUCAAAUGGCAGCAGAUUAUGCUCUUGUUUGGGGUACUGGACAAACAUUUUUAGCUACAGUCAUGUCAUACACAAGAAUAUUAGCCACACUUUAAUUAUGAUAUGUAUUUAUGAUGAUGUAUAUAUAUUUAUAUUUAUGUAGAAAAGAGUUAAAAUAUAUUCUUAAAAAAUCA